CGUCGGUAUGUACUUCUGAGCGAAUGUUAAAUUGAGAUGGCAGUAUUUCUCAUAUUGUUAAGCAAUUUUCACGUUCACUAAUCAGGUUUUCACGCUAAUUUUCACGCUACACAGGUGUUUUACACGCUAGUGCUUUUAAUUUAAUUUACACGCUAGUGAAUUUUAACUUCAGAUCUCGACAUGGAAACCAAACCCGAAAAACUAAGGACAACCAUAAUUUCACCGUUUAUCCAAGCGUAAAGCCCCCAAAAAUUUGCGUGAAUUUAUUGUGCAGCGCGAUAUACAUUGAAUGCAAUAUGCCAUUUUAGUAGGUACUCUUUUAGAACUCUGUUCCCAUUACAAACCACGUUAAGAAGGAUCAUACUUCUAAACGAGUAACAAAGAAGUUUCAUAACACCGUUGCUUUGCAUAUUGAUGAAAAGUUAUGCCCAUUUACUUGCAAUUUUUCUUCUAUCAGAUUUGAUUUGCGUUCAUGACCAGUAGAUUGAAAUGGCAGCUGCCGCUUCGUUUACCAUUGACAAAGAAGGUCAAGCAGGUAUAGAUGCAUAUUGGGAGUACAAAAAAAUAGUUGGAGAUGAUGACAAGGGCAAGCUGUUCACUGAUGCGGAAUACGAAGCUUAUAAGAAAAAAUGGAUUCCGAUUCGAAUGAAGAACAGGAUAUAUGUGGGGUGGCAUAAUCCUGAGAAAGACAUGGACUGCAAGUUGAUUGGACCGGAGACCCUGUGCUAUUGUGGACACAGAUACAUCAAUCAUAAGACAGACUUUGAGAAGAUCCCCAAUCCGAUCAAACAGACAUGUAGGAACUGUGCUUGCGACAACUACCACUACAUUCCACGCAAUGGAUCUCAGCCGAUCAGGUGUACGUGUAAACACUUCCCUGACGAACACAAUCUGAAACACCCCUAUGGAUGCAACAGGUGUGCCUCGGGGCCCAAGAAAUGUGGGGAGUUCAAGGGCUCAUUCACGUGUGACUGUGGGGCCCCCACCUAUAAACACAUAAUGGUCAAGGAGACGAAGGAGCAGAGGAUCAAGAGGGGCAAGCCGGUGGGCAGAGAUGUGCCCUACCAGGCCAUGGGGGGUCUCACUGGGUUUUCCUCACUCGCUCCUGGAGCCGAGAGACGAGACCCGAGUGGCAUCGGACCCAACAAUGAGGUGAUGGGCGGGGCACCCAUCCAGCCGGGCGAUCACCCGUUCCUGAAGAUGCACGCAUUCUCACUGCCAGACAGGGACACCCCCGAGACACAGCAGCUGCAGAGACGGGAGGGGGAGAGUGAGUUGGACUACUUUGACAGACUGUACAAAUGGAAGCAGAAGAAGGGAUACUUCCUCAAACACUGAACUACUGACUGAAAGUUAACAUUGCGCCAAAGCCUGUUUAUUUGUUAUUGAUAUAGCGUUUAAUGUGUAAAUAUGUUUGUAUUUCUAAGAUUGAAAAUAUGUUUGUAAAAUAAAGUAAAUAUAUAAAUAAUUUAAAAAGCUGCUUAUAUAAUCCAAAAACA